GCUACGUUUUGCUCUGGCCUGGCGGGUGACUCUGAGGCGGACUCUAUGGUAGUGCAGUAAUGACGGGCGCCCGGGGGAGCCGCUCUGCCCGUGGUUCUUGGACUCUAUGGUAACGCGGAAGUGAGGGGCGCCCGGGGGAGCCGCUCUGCCCGGGACUCUCCGACUCCAUGGUAACGCGGAAAUGGCGUCUGCGGCACCAGGGGAGAUGCUGGUCCAGAGCCUAGCCCGGCUGCUCCAGGACUCCGGAGACUUGGUUCUAGAUGGCACUAGCACCCUCACUUUGCUCACCUCCACUCUGCAGCACCUGACACAGGUCUUUGAGCAGCAUCUUGUGUCCCGGAACCAGAACCAUGGUUUUAUUGCACUUCCGUCACACCCAGCUGACACAUCUGCCAUUCUCCAGGCCCAGUUCCUGUUUGACAUCUUGCAGAAGACACUUUCCCUGAAGCUCGUCCACGUUCCCAGCUGUAACCUGCAAUCCUCUGUGAAGAUCUUCCCCUUCAAGUCUCUCCGCCGCCUGGAGCUGAAGUCUGUCCCUCUGCACUGCCUGCGGGGGCUGCGGUUCGUCUAUUCCCAGCUGGAGGCCUUAACUUGCAGCAAAUGCGUCAGCACGCUGGAGGAGAUCAUCUCAGCCUGCGGAGGGGAUCUGAGCUCUGCCCUCCCCUGGCUGGAAUUGCAGACGGUUAACUUCAGCUACAACGCCAUCACUGUCCUGGAUGGAUCGCUGCAACUGCUGAAUGCCCUGAAGGUCUUGGAUUUGAGUCACAACAGAAUCCGGGACUGUGAGCACUACUUCACGACCCUUACAGAGCUGGAGUACUUAAAUCUGGCCUUUAACUUCCUGCCAAAGGUGCCAAACCUGGGACUCUACAGUCGAACCAAGCUGGUGACUCUGAUCUUGCGCAACAAUGAACUUGACAGUAUUAAUGGGGUGGAGCAGUUGCUGAACCUGCAGCACCUGGAUGUAGCUUAUAACCUGCUGUUGGAACAUGCCCAGUUAGCACCACUGUCCAUGCUGCACAACCUGAGAAAACUGUACUUGGAGGGAAACCCAUUAUGGUUUCACCAGAACCACCGAUCUGCAACCAUCAUACACUUGUCUCCCAGGGCAGCUUCCUUCAGUCUCCUCUUGGAUGGAGAGCUGCUGACUACCUCGGACCUGAUGCACCUUCCAAAAUCUGGGCAGGUCAUCGCCCAGUCAAUCCGCUCUUCGACCUCGGAGAAGACCCUGCUGGACCGCAGUGCCCUGGACAGCUCCUGUGGCGCAGACCUCAGCGACAGCCAGUCCCCAGGGGAGAGUGGGGCUGCCAGGCUUCCGCAGAGAAAAUCCAAGGGAAACGUUAGGGUGCGCCGGCCGAGCAUCUCCGAGCCCAGUGAUACAGAGCACGAAUACCAGGCACUGCCCCCCUCAGCUGGGAUGGUCCUGCGGCACCAGAAGGAGAUGGAGCGCAUGGACGCCUUCCGAGAUCACUUUGGUGCUGACUGGCUCCAGUACAAGAGGCAACUGGAGGAGCACAACCAGGAGGGGCCUGUCAUCUCCCUUAGCUGUCCUGCAAAGGAGGUCCCAGGCAGCCUGCCUGGCACUGAGAUGCCGAGUGAGAGCACCACCCAGGAGCAGGAGAUGCCCUCUGGGUUGCUGAGGGACACCUUUCUCCCCUUGGACUCCAUGAGGGAGGAGGAGAAGGAGCCGCAGCUGGAGGAGUCCUUGGGAGAAAGCCAGAAAGGAGAGAUGGAUGUGGAUGAGUUUGUGGCCCAGGAGGAAGACGAGAAGCCAGAAGUGGACCUUUGCCAGCCUGUGUUAGUGAGCCAGAUAGAAGGCGACGGUGACCCAGAGCCAGACUGGAUCUUCCUGCGCGUCACAGCCCGACAUGUGAUUGAGGUGGAGCUGAAGGCAGCCAGAGUCCUCCAUAAACUGGAACUGAGAAGCCUGCAGAAAGUGGAGACCUCUGAAAUGACCUGGAAAAGGAUGGACCUGGAGCGCGUGUUCCCUGUCCUCACACUCCAUUUCGGCUACAUCCGCAAGGACCGUCGGAGGCGCAGAUACGUGGUGCUGGAUGAUCAGCCGGAGCUCUGUGUGCAGUGUGUGCUGAGAGUGCUGUCCCCGGCUCUGGAGGAGAAUCGCAGACGUCAGGGCGUAGAGGAGGGGUCCAUGAAGUUCCAGUGCCUGAAAUGCAAGCAGGAGUUUGCCCAGCCCCUGGCACUGUGGCAGCAGAGUCCAUAUCCUGCAGAGCCGGACGGUGGCAAAGGCCUGGAGACCUCGGCUCAGCCAAACCAAGAGGCUACUGCCCCUGGGGAGCCCAUGGUCUGCCCCAGCUGCUCCAGCGACCACGUAGUCCUCCUGCCCUGCGAGAGGUGCUCCAGCACCCCGUUGCCCUCGCAGCAUCACGCGGACAAAGCCCCGUCGGAGCUGGGCCCCCAGGGGAGUCUGGAGGCAGCAUCUGUCCUGGGCAGCCAGAGCGGGCAGUUCUAUAUUGGGGGGGAGGACGACAGCUCCGAGACCGACCCCAGGACCCAGGAGCUCAGCGGCGACCAUGGCAGCUCCGACGGGGACGGCAGGAGGAAGGAGCUGGGCCUGAAGAGCUGCUACUCGUCCCUCAGCCGGACAGACACCAGUGCGGGGAGCCUGAUGGGGAGUUACCGCUAUGGCGCCUCGCGUGGGCCCACGCCCUCCCAGCUCUCGCUCAACUCGGAGUCCGAGGAGACCUGGAACCUCAGUCCCCCCACAAACGGCACCCUGGACGUGAGGGACUUCCGCUCCGUGGACCAUCGCCUCAGGCUCUACCUGGACAUGGAGGUAUUCGAGGAGAAUGUGGAGGAGUUCCAGUGCUUCCUCAAGGUGGCCAUGGUGAAGUUUGGCCGGUACGGGGAGUUCCCUGCACUCCUGGUGGCCUCAGAUCUCAGGAUUCACAUGCUGGAAGUCACUGGGGAGAUCAGGGGGCAGCCAGUGGACUGGCUGAAGAAAACUGACUCUCAUUACCUAUCCGAUCUCUGCUACCUGGAGAUGGGGCUGGGCCACCAGAGUCUGCAGAUGGAGUUUGACAAUCCCAAGGCCUCCUACAACUUGCUAAUCCGAAACCAGAGCCGCUGUGACCAGUUCCUACAGUGCUUGACAUAUCUCCUGCAAGAGCUGCCAGGCAAGCCCAGGAGCGGAGUGGAGGAAAUCCACACUGCUGAGAUGAAUCCCCAGCAUCGGCUAUGGCCUCUACUGAAAAAGGCCCUGUGCUCAGUGGCUGUAGAUGGCACGUCCAGCCGCUUCUUCUACCUGCUGGCGUAUUUGAUCCAAGGUGCCUCUGCCUUCCCCGUGACUGUGCUGGGCACCUGCAGCACUCUGUUCCUGCUGGAGGAGAAUCACCAGUGGCAGCGGGUCCAGCCCGCGCCAGGUGCGGCUGGUGAGAGGGAGGUGCCCCCCGAGAGCGGUGUCCAGCUGAAGGAGAAGCAGCCAAUCAGCAGCAUCAGCAGCAUCCUCACUUACCGCUUCUCUCCCUGCGACGUCAAGCUGAUGUUCUAUGACGAGGUGCUGAAGGUGGAGAGCACCUGGCACAUCCACACGGAAUGUCCUGAGCUGCUGGCCCAGCUGGUGGAGUGGAUCCGUGGUCCCUGGGAGGAGAUGUUCUCCAUCGAGCUGCGGAAGACCGUGCAGGAGGUCCUGGAGUGAGCAUGGUAGCGGCUGACGGGCAGAGCUGGCCGCCUGGCUGGGCAGGCUGCUGCGGAGGGGCAGGGUGAAGGUGACUCUGCCUGCUCCUGUGUUCUGGACCUGGGGCCUUUGCUGGUGGGGAGGAGGGGAGCACUGAAUGUUGUAGCUGGUCUGGCAGCUGAACUGACUUGGUUGGGUCUGGGGGCAGGCACACGGGUGACACGUGGUGCAGACACUGACAUAACCUCGUGGAAGCUGCAUAAAGCUGCAGCCCGGUGGUUUCUGACAGUCUCACUCAAGGGGAGUAGUGACCAUGCCAAGGUCGCUUCCUAUUUAUCCCUGGGGUCCAGGGUCAGUGGGAACCCAGCAAGGUGGGUGGUGGAGCCAAAGGCUGCUCAGACAGGUCUUGGCAGGCAUCAUGGGCAGGGCCUUUCCUCCGCAGGUGUAUCUGCUGCACGUCCACUUGCUCUCAGGACGGUUGCCAGUUCCGUGCUGCUGAAACCCAUAUUUGUGUGUCUGGCCUUUUGUGGCUUCCCUGAUGUCUCCUGCCUUGAGCCAGGGGCUGCCUGCCCAGAUGGGCCAGGGCAUCCUGCCUGGGAGGGGGCCCAGGUGUCCCUGGGCAGAGUUCUCUGUGCCUGCUGCUGGUAACUCUUCCCUCAGAGGGGUUGGGCAGCUGCUUGGGGAUCCUGGGGGGGCAGUGAGUCUAUUUUAACCAGGACAAUUUUACUAUUUUCUAUUGUAAUAAAAGCUUCUAUUUAUUGA